CAUGUAUCAAGUUAUUGAUGUAUUACUUUUUGAGAACUUGUACAGUUUGAGAAGUCUUGUACAGAAUGUUUAACAUGGCGUGGUGCUUAUCAAGUCGACAACACGACAGUCCUAUCUCGAUACAUCUUUGACCCUGGACUCAUUUCUUUUGGACAGAAGAUACUCUAAAUUUUAUGACAUAUAAAUCAUAAAUUUUAGUAUUAUGUUUAUGUUUGGAAAAUGAGAAUUGAGCGCGCUUUCAGAUGUUUUUCACUCUGUUUCUUCAUACUGUUUGUCGCAUUACUGAUUCUCUUGUUUGUUCUGGGAAAUGAAGAGCCUCGAAUUUGGACAGACAUGGAUGAUAAAACUUCCCAAGAUUCACAACGACCGGAAAUCAGGGAGCCAAUCAUACUGUGGUGGACGGACGGCGACGAUCAACUAAACGAGUACUUAGACUGUGGUGACGUCAGAUGUUUUGUCACCGGAAAUAGGAAUCUCACCAAUGAUCCUCAAACAAAGGUGUUCAUGUUUUACGGAACGACAUUUAAGUACUACGACCUGCCUUUACCCAGAAAACCCCACCAUGAAUGGGCCCUGGUCCACGAGGAAUCCCCUAUGAACAACUUUCUCUUUUCGUUUGAGGAGGUCAUGACCUUGUUCAAUCAUACCAGUACAUUCAGAAGGGAAUCGGAUUACCCUCUCGCCACUCAGUUCCUGAAAAGCGGCGAAUGGCUCGCCAGCACAAAGCAUCUACUCUCUGCGAAAGAGAAAAGCAUCCAAUCCGAGCGCUUGAAGUUAGCCCCGGUGAUAUUUGUGAACACAGACUGCGGUACUGGUUCUGACAGAGACGGUUAUGUACAACUUCUGAUGAAGUACGUUCAAGUCGAUUCGUAUGGACUGUGUCUACACAACAGAGAUUUACCUCAGAGCUUACGAGAUCCAUUGGAAAACAUGCUAGACGACGAAUUCUUCCAGCUUAUCGCAAAAUACAAGUUUGCCAUCGCAAUUGAGAACGCUAUCUGUGAGGAUUAUGUGACGGAGAAACUGUGGAGACCACUACAUGUCGGGACCAUCCCUAUCGUGCUAGGCUCGCCCAGAAUAAAGGACUUGCUUCCGUCCAAUAAAUCCGCCAUUGUUGUGGACGAUUAUGACUCUGUAGAAGAUAUCGCUAGAUACAUCAACUAUCUUGACACAAACGACGAGGAAUACGACCAAUAUUUCAACUGGAAGAAGACUGGAAUAACUAAUGACUAUCUGCUGAAACUUUUGGCAGCAAGAGACUGGGAAGUCGAUUAUGGGCCUGAUGUGAAAGGCAAAGAUUUUUUCGAGGGUUUUGAGUGUUUUGUAUGCCGAAGAGUUCAUGAAAAUAUAAGAAGAGAGAAAGAUGGAAAAGAUCCAUUGAGAUUUCAAGCUGCACUAAACCACUAUGGAUGUCCAGCUCCAGUGAAGGUUAACGAUAAAGGACAAAGAACAUUGGAAAACGAUAUUUUUAUGGAAUCAUUUACCAAACACAUGUAUCUGGCAAAGGCCCUUCAAUAUCAUUUAGAUAAAAACUUGCUAGUUGAUGAAGAGAGUAUUCAACAAACAGCAGACAAAAUAUCAAAAAACACUGGGAAGCUUGCAACACAAGAGACAAAGUAGAGUUUAAAACCAAGUUACCAAUAUUUUACAUCCUAUUUUGUUGGUAUUUCAUCAAUAUAAAUGGGUUUCAUUAAUUUGCAUUUCUUUAAAAAAAACUCUAUUUGUAUCUGCGAUAUUAAGCUGGAGGUUAAUUCUUCAGCCUUAAGAUGUACCUGUAAGUUGAUGGUAAAUGUACACUUACUAUAUAUUUGGAUAAAAUGUUAAACAAAUAUCACGAAGUACACGGUAAAACUUUCACAUUCCUAAAAUUAACAAAUUAUUCAUACAAAUAUUUAAAUAACUUCUUUUGAGGCGUAAAUACAUGCUAUGACGUAGCUAUCAUGACGAGAAAAACUCUGUAAACCGCUGCUGAUUCGUAUUUGUAUGCAAUAUUAGAUAGGUAUCUUUAUACCCGUAUGAACCAUCAAAGAAAUCC